UUUCUCCGCUGGAAAUCUCGCGUGAAUGCCGAGUCCAGUGAGCGCGGUGCAUGGACGAAAUGUGAAACAGUUCUAUGGUUCAUCUUGAAAUACAUCUUAUUUGUCUUCAGUUCACGAAUCUGAGAUCAUUUUUUACGAGAACAUGAAGAUUGUCACUUGGAACAUUAAUGGCAUAAGGACCUUCAAAGGCGGAAUUAAGAAGGCAUUGGAUUUGCUUGACGCAGAUAUAGUCUGCUUUCAGGAGACAAAGGUGACAAGGGACCUGCUGGACGAGCGAACUGCUGUUGUGGACGGUUACAAUUCAUAUUUCAGCUUCAGCCGAGGACGGAGCGGUUACUCAGGGGUAGCGACUUUCUGCAAAGACUGCGUCACACCCUUUGCUGCGGAAGAGGGACUGACAGGUCUGUUGACCAGUCGUGAUGGGGGUGUUGGGUGCUAUGGCGACCAGAGCCAGUUUUCUGCUGAGGAGCAGCAGAUGCUAGAUAAUGAAGGAAGAGCCGUCAUCACACAGCACAGAGUGAUGUGUCAGAACCAGGAGAAAACCCUCACCGUUCUGAAUGUGUACUGCCCGAGGGCGGACCCAGAGAAACCCGACAGGAAGCUCUUCAAACUGCAGUUCUACAGAAUGCUCCAGAACAGGGCCGAGGCCUUACUGGGGGCAGGGAGCCAUGUGAUCGUUCUGGGAGAUGUAAACACUUCCCACAGACCCAUUGACCACUGCGACCCUGAUGAUCUGGAAAGUUUUGAGGAUAAUCCUGGCAGGAAGUGGCUGAACAACUUCCUGUUUGGGAAGGCUGAAGGGGAGCGGUGUGAGGAGGAGGAGGAGGGCGACAGCGAGUCUCGGCCAGAGUCCCAGGAGCCUGGCGGCAGUGGUGGCGGAAAGUUUGUCGACACGUUUCGCCAUUUCCACCCGACCCGCCCCAGCGCGUUCACCUGCUGGUCUACCCUCACUGGAGCCCGGCAGACCAACUACGGCACGCGCAUCGACUACAUCUUCGCCGACCGGCUAUUGGCCGAGGCGCACUUCCUGUCUGCAGACAUCAUGCCGGACGUGGAUGGGUCGGAUCACUGCCCGGUGCAGGGCGGUCUCUGCUGCGCUCCGCUGCCGAGCCCCCGCUGUCCCCCGCUCUGCACGCGCUUCAUGCCGGAGUUCGCCGGCCGGCAGCAGAAGCUCUCGCGCUUCCUGGUCAGGGUGGAUCGGCAGGAACAGGAUGCCCUGCCCGGCUCUCAGGAGCUGGGGGAGAUCCGGGAAAACCUCCGCCCGCCGGCUCAAGCUGGGAAUACAGCCAGAAUUGGGAACGCCGCCGGCAGGAAGAGAGGUCCCACGAAGGAGACUCCUGCCCCCAGGGCUAAGAAGACCAAAACCCAAAAUCCACCCCGACCUCAGGGGAACCUGCUGGCCUUUUUCAAGGCCAAAGCCAAUCAGGGGUCUCACGGCUGUUUUGGGAAUGGGCAGGACGUGUCUCAGGACAGCAGAGGGGGGGCAUGGGACAGAGGGGGGGUCUCGCUGCCUGCUGAUAUCACGGGGGGCGGAGCUGUGGAAAGAGAUGGCCUCCUUCAAGAUGGCACAGAAAGAGGGGCUGUGAAGGGAGAGGUCGUGGCUGGGGAAGGAGAGGGUGUGGCCAUGGAAGGAGAGGGCGGGGCUGAGAAAGGAGAAGGCGUGUCUGUGAACGGAGAGGGCGGGUCUGUGAAAGAAGAGGGCGGGGCUGUGGUAGAAGAGGGCGGGGCUGUGGAAGGAGAGGGCGCGGUUGAAGCCUGUCCCAGAGGGCCGUGCUCUCUGGGGUUCUGGAAGACAGUGCUACACGGUCCGCCACAGCCGCCCCUGUGCAAGGUGCACCAGGAGCCCUGCGUACUCAGGACUGUCAAGAAGGCAGGGCCCAACAUGGGCCGGCGCUUUUUUGUCUGUUCCAGGCCCCAGGGCCAUGCCUCCAACCCCCAGGCUCGCUGCAACUUCUUCACCUGGGUGGAUAAGGGCAGGUAGCUGGACCACACAACCCCAUACAUCCAACUUUUUAAAUGCAGUGUUGGUAUAUGAACAAUGCACUCUGCUGUGAGGCUAGGGUGGGUUUAGCCCAACUACAUUGACUCAAAUUGAGCUCUGAGUACUGAGAUUUCUGUAUCCAUGUCCUGUGUUACGGAUGUCUUGAAGUCAGUAUUUGAAAAUACAACUCCAACCCCCCCCGAAGCUCACGUUUUGUGGCCAUGAGGUGUAUUUCAGUGGAUUAACUGUUCCUCCACCAAGAGGCUGGUUGAGAUGAAUGUUUUUUCUGUAGGAAGAGGCAUGGGUUUACUGCUAUACAUAGUACAGACUAUCAACAACAGCAUGGGUUAUAGUGUAUAUUUCUAACCACAUACUGUGUAGUAACUCUGAUUUUAUGGACCCAGAAGAUGCUCAGUUCUGUUCACGCAAUACUGAAAGUUCUGUCUCCCUACUGGUGAGAUUUUUCUGGAAAUGUUUCAGGAGAAUUACUAAAUACAAUGCUGUAACAGUGGAAGUUAUGUACUGUAAUAUAGCACUGAAAUUCUAACAAAGAACCUCCAAUUGUUAAGAAGCAGUAUUGUUUCACUAGUAUCUGAUUAGCUGGUGAAUAUCAGCUGUCUAAAGACAGUUGUGUCAUGACAUUCUUUUAUUCAAGGUGUCAUGUAUAAGUUUCAGAAAAGUACUUCUUCAAUAUGGUCUACAAUUCAGCAGAGUUGUAUUUCCCGAAGAUUUGGAAUCCACUGAAUAUCUUGUGAUUUCUCCUGGUGGUCUGAAGGCAGGUUAAAAAGGUUAUUUCUGAAUCAUUUCCUAAAAUGAUGAGAAGAAAGCAGAAUUGACGGCAUAUUAACACUGUUAAAAUGCCAUCCGAUCUGGUAAUGUAAUGAUAAUGUAGGCUCACAGCCUUGACUGGUGUUGCAUGCAGCCCACAUUGACCCAGAUUGUGCAACAUAAAAUGUUGUGUGUGCUAAUGUUACGCAGGGUGAUAUUUUCUUUUAUGCCACAAUUCUGUCCAUGUCAUUUUUUUUUGUCACAAUAACGUAUAAAUAAAUAAAUAUGAAGUUUUUAA